AGAUAGUCUACACUACUGUGAAUAUUAAGACGGGACAGCACGCGGGAGUUACCCUAGCACUGAAGCAGACACAAGAGCAGAGAUACAAUUAACUUAAUCCUGAAGACAGAUAAAAGAGCGACCUGAUCCGCAGAACAUCCAGAGUAUUCAGAGUCGAGUGCUUCUGGAAUUGGAACUGGUGCGUAAAGAGGAUUGAAAAUGCCUCGGUCUUUCUUGGUGAAGAGCAAAAAAGCUCACAGCUAUCAUCAGCCGAGGUCCAUAGAAGAUGACUACAACAGGCUUGACACAAUUUUAGCGCACAUAUAUGCAGAGAACAAGGUUCCCGAGGAAACAGAAUGCUGCGCGAGCGCUCUGACUGCUGAUUCUCGGGGCAGCUUUUCUCCGGAAUCUCACCUGGUGGACACCGGAGACCUCUCCUCUAAGUCACCCCUCAGUUGCGAGAGUAGCAUGUGCGGUCGAUCUUCGGACUACGAAGAUUUUUGGAGGCCUCCGUCUCCCUCGGCAUCACCAGCAGAUUCUGAGAAAUCUUUUACAACUUCUGUGGAUGAGACACACCCUUUCGCCGUUCCAUUCCGGCCAUAUGCGUGGAGUAAUUAUUCCGGAUCCGAAUUCAGGCAUCUCGUCCAGCCCACGUAUCACCAUCAUCCUGCUGACCUGGAGCACCCACACCCGACUGGCGUGGACCGGAGCACUUCCAUGAGUCUCUACAGAGACAGGGCUGGCGAAACCUCACUCUUCACAGAACGGAGGACCACCGAAGGACACUACGGCGACUUCAGCUCAGCUGCCAGCCUGUUCGAGAGAGCCACAGCUUCCGGAUUGUACUCGAACCGUAACAUACACAGCAAAGUCCCCGAAAUCAAGGCCGAGUCAGACCUACUUUGUACUCGCCUUAUCUUGAACGGGUCCUACAAAUGCAUAAAGUGCAGCAAGGUAUUCUCCACGCCGCAUGGUCUAGAGGUUCAUGUCCGCAGAUCGCACAGCGGGACAAGGCCGUUUGCAUGUGAAAUCUGUGGGAAAACCUUCGGGCACGCUGUUAGCCUGGAACAGCACAAAGCUGUGCACUCUCAGGAAAGGAGCUUUGACUGCAAAAUUUGUGGCAAAAGCUUUAAAAGAUCGUCCACUCUUUCUACACACCUGCUUAUCCAUUCGGAUACCCGGCCUUACCCCUGCCAGUACUGCGGGAAGAGGUUCCACCAAAAAUCGGACAUGAAGAAACAUACUUUCAUCCACACAGGCGAAAAACCGCACAAGUGCCAAGUGUGUGGAAAAGCCUUCAGCCAGAGUUCCAAUUUGAUCACUCACAGUCGAAAACAUACUGGAUUCAAACCAUUUGGUUGUGACCUCUGCGGGAAAGGAUUUCAACGAAAGGUGGAUUUGAGAAGACACAAAGAAACUCAACAUGGUUUAAAAUGAAUAAACAACGAUCACAUCAAGCUGUAGACUGAUAACGAUGGACGUAAAGCUGCUCAAACGCUAUUGAAGAAAUUCAAGAAUUCUCAAUAUUAUCACUGCGAAGAAGAACCAUCUAAGAAAACAGCCCACGAAACAGUGGAUCCAGUAGAGAAAAAUCAGUUUUUCGGAAAGAAAAUGAACUUAUUUUAUUAUUACCUGCGGGGGCUGGAAAAACAGACACUACAAAAAAUCUAACGACUAAUAAGCUGAUUGUGUAUUAGCUACGUGAGGAGAAUAUCCAUACUUUCUUCAAAAAUGUAUUUUACUGAUGAUCCUUGGACAAAACGAUAUUUCCAGUUCUUUAUAUUGUGACUAAGACGAUUGACAAAAAUGCACAUUGUAUUUAUAUUAUUCAAAUUAUUUUUUGAUCAUGAAUAGGGGGUGGGAGUGGGGGUAAAAUAUUAUUCGAGAGCUAUUGAGAGAUUCCGUUUAUUCAAUACAGUCACACGUUAUAUGCAUACACAGUAAAAUGUCCAGUGUUAUUUCAACCGUGUUAAUUCAACUCUUAACAGAUAACAUUUGGUCCCACAUUCCAGGGUGUCUGUUGAAUUAACACUGUUAGAGUUGAAUUACCACUUGCAUUUCUUACAACUUAUAUUGUAAGUUAUUGUUUAAAUAGUUUCUGAAUAUCUGUUAUAAAAACUAUUUUUGCAGUAUUAAUGUAGGGUACGUGUGCAUUUUCAUAAAGAAUCUUGAAUGACGUUUUUGUGAGAUUUAUGACCCCUCUACAACAUUAUCCUUGUAAGGAUAUGCUUAAAUCAUCUAUGGUAACAGGGCAUUAAAUCAUUAAUCUAUGGACACGAGUGGUUUAUCAGAGAAUAAAAUCUUAAAUUAAAUUCACCUGCAUCUAC